CAUUCCUUGCUGGUGUGAUAAAGAGUUGCGGAGAGACUCACCCAACUGAACCAUCCCCUCACUUAUGCUUCUACAUGCCAAUUGUCCAUAAGCUGCUCUGUGUGUUUGCUCCUGAACUAACUAAAAUGAUCAUUGGAAACUAAAGUUUUGUAUAUUCCUUCCAAUUUCAAUCCUUGUUGAGGGCAAGUAUCUACUUUGGAGUGUCUCGCUCCCUCAACAGAAGAUAUUGUCCCGAUGUCGGGGUUUUGUCUCCCGUACUCUAACGAAAGCACAAAGGGGUUCACAGAGCUUAGGGAGCGUCUCAGUUGAAGUAGAUACAACCUACAAGCUCACAGGAGAGGUGUUAGUAUUUGAGCCUUGGUUGAUUAUUCGAUCCCCGCGGGCGCAACAUACAUAAUUAAUAUUUCGCACAAUACUAACACCUCUCCCAUGAGCUUGCAGGUCGUAUUUACAUCAACCGAGACGCUCCUUAAACUCCGCGAACCCCUUUGGGCUCUUCUCGGAGUACGGGAGACAAAAUCCCGACACAGGAACAAUACCUUCAGUUGAGGGAGUCAGACACUCCAAAGCUGAUACUUGCCCUCAACAAUCGUGAAGAAAGAAAAUUACAGUGCUGAUUGACAAAAUAAAGACAUAUUUAUUUAUGUAUAUUAAGGGUUUAGUUUCUCGAAGCGAUCGCGGGUGCAUGAUGGAAGUGGUAGCUGAAUAAUGGAAAAGAAAGUGCUACUGGGUUUUCUGCAAAAUGAUCACUACAAACAAAACAUACGACACCAACAUCUAUGAGAGGCCUAAAGGAAGGUUCCUUUUGUCGGGGCAGCAUGCUUCCCAUCGUGGCUGCACUAAAAUAAAAAAAGUUUGCAGUUGACUGGUUCAUGGGAAAAUAUCAUAGCCGCUCAAUUUGGAAUGAUAAUCGAUUCAGGGUUUGAAAGGAAGAGGGGGUGGGGGAAUAUUACACUCUUUUAAGAGUAUAUCAAUAAUUGCAGCAGCCAAUGAUAGCAGCAAAGACAAAUUAAAGAUGAACCACACCUCAUUUUUUUUAUGGAAAUUAAUCAAUAAAAUGGGAUUGAAAGUGGGAUGCUUUUAUCUUCAACAGGGACUUGUUCCUAUCUGAAAAUAACAGUAGGAAUGGUGCACUGAUAGCACUCCCCUCCCCCCUGCUGAAAGAAAACAAGGCAGUAAUUUGCUUCCAAUAGUGGAAGCAUUGAUUUACACAGUCAUACCUGCAUGACAAUUCCAGACUAUAUACAUAGAAACAUAUAUUUUAAUAUGGAAAAUCCUCCAUUAUUUGAGGGUUAAUGCAAUUAUUUACCUACCACUAAACUAAACUACUCAUCCUUCAUACCAAAUAAACACAUUUGUUUGUGGAACAAGGCAUGCAUAGGGCUAAACUAUAUUUGUCUUUAAUUUCACUAACUUUUUUUUUUAUUUUUUUUAUAGAAAGUAGCUUUUGUGGCAAGGAACAGGUCCACCUUUUCUUUUUUCUCUAUUUAAAGAACGAUUGGUUCCAAGCACGAGAACCCAUCCAUCUCUUCUUAGUUUCUCUUUCAUUACCAAAAAAAAAAAAAUGGGGUUUCUUUUGCAUGAUCAGAAGAACACUAUGAUUAUGUCGUUUGUUUUAGUUCCUUUACUGCUGAUUCUAAACAUGCAUUACUAUAUGUUACCAGCUCUUGCAGAUUCCAAGCGAAAUGUUUACAUUGUUUACAUGGGAAAAAGGCAGCACCUUGAUGUUGAGCUUCUUACAAGAACCCAUCAUGACAUGCUUGCAACUGUUCUUGGGAGCGAAGAAACAUCCGAAGAUUCCAUUGUAUACAGCUAUAAACAUGGUUUCUCUGGCUUUGCCGCAAAGAUGACAAAGGCUCAAGCUCUAAAGCUCUCAAAGUUACCAGGUGUGAUUCAUGUCACACGCAAUCGAUUUUAUAAGGUUCAAACAACCAGAAGCUGGGAUUACCUUGGACUCUCUUCCACCUCCUUGUCCAAUCUUCUGAAUAAAAGCAAAAUGGGAAAUGGUGUUAUCAUCGGUCUCCUUGAUACAGGGAUAUGGCCAGAAUUAGAAGUUUUCAAUGAUGAAAAUCUGGGGCCAGUCCCCUCUCGAUGGAGGGGAGUUUGUGAAUCUGGAGAACACUUUGAUGGUGCAAAAGCCUGCAACAGAAAAUUGAUAGGAGCUCGUUAUUUCAUAAGUGGACUUGAAGCCGAGUAUGGACAGCCAUACAACACUAGUGAAAACGAUGAUUACAUGUCCCCAAGGGAUUCCAGUGGGCAUGGAACCCACACAUCUUCAAUUGCUGGUGGCUCGUUUGUUGCCAAUGCCAGCUAUGAUGGGCUAGGUCUUGGCACGGUGAGAGGUGGUGCACCGGGAGCUCAUCUAGCUAUGUACAAAGUAUGUUGGCGAUUGUACGGAGGUGUUUGUGCCGAUGCCGAUGUGUUGAAAGCCUUUGAUGAAGCGAUAAAUGAUGGUGUGGAUGUGUUGUCAGUAUCUCUUGCUGCUGAUAUUCCCUUGUAUUCUGAAGUUGACCAUCGUGGUUCAAUUCCUAUCGGUUCAUUUCAUGCUGUAGCAAAAGGGAUUACCGUUGUUUGUGCAGCAGGGAAUGCAGGUCCGAGAGCUGAAACUGUACAGAACACGGCACCCUGGAUUUUGACUGUUGCAGCAAGCACUGUGGAUCGGUCCUUCCCCACACCUAUAACUCUAGGGAACAACCAUACCAUCAUUGGUCAAGCAAUGUUCACAGGAGAGGAUACAGUGUCUGCAGCAUUGGUGUACCCUGAAGUCUCGGAUCUCAUGCCUCCACGUAACUGUGAAUCCCUCUUGUCAAAUGAUGAUUGGAUGGCCGGAAAAAUAGUGCUUUGCUUUGCUUCAGACUGCAAUCAGAGCUUGUUAAAUGAUGCUAUAUUGUCUGUCAAAGCGGCGGGUGGGUUGGGAGUGAUUGUUUCUAGGAGUCCAAGUAAUUAUUAUCCAUAUGCUAUGAACUUCCCAUGUCUUCAAGUAACCUAUGAAACUGGAACUCAGAUCCUGUAUUACAUUCGAUCCACAAGUAAUCCCCAAGUAAGACUGAGUCCAUCGAGAACGCAUAUCGGUAAGCCAGUGUCAACCAAUGUGGCAUACUUCUCAUCUCGAGGGCCUAGUUCCAAUGCCCCUGCUAUACUUAAGCCAGAUAUAGCGGCUCCUGGCGUCCAGAUACUAGCUGCAAUUCCUCCUUUUGAUGAAACAACAAAUGGUGCAUUUGCUUUUCUCUCAGGAACAUCAAUGGCAACUCCCCACGUGUCCGGAAUUGUUGCUUUACUGAAAUCAUUGUACCCGGAUUGGUCCCCUGCUGCUAUUAAAUCAGCAAUUAUCACUACUGCAUUGACUUCCCAUCAAUCUGGAGGACCAAUUUUUGCAGAGGGAGAUCCACCAAAGCUUGCUGACCCCUUCGAUUUUGGAGGUGGAAUUGUGAACCCAAACAGCGCGGCCGAUCCUGGCCUGGUUUAUGACAUGAAUACAGAGAAUUAUGUGCAAUAUCUUUGUGCCAUGGGUUACAAUAACUCUGAUAUCUUCCAGCUCACUGAACAUCCAGUAGUUUGCCCCUCCAAACAACCUUCUAUUCUGGACGUAAACCUCCCAUCCAUAACUAUCCCGAACCUCAAAAAGCCAACAAUUCUUACCAGAACAGUCACAAAUGUGGGACCUCUCAACUCCAAAUACAAGGCUAGCGUUGAGUUUGCAUCUGGCAUAAACGUAGCAGUGAGACCUGAAACAUUGAUCUUCAGCUCUAGGACGAAGACCAUCUCCUUCACUGUGAUGAUUUCAUCUGCCCACAACGUAAAUGCAGGGUACUAUUUCGGAAGCUUGACAUGGACAGAUGGUGUGCAUGUGGUUCGAAGUCCGAUAUCUGUGAGAACUGAGGUUGGAGAAAGCUUUUUCUGAUGAAAACACUCCAGUCCAGCAGUUGACAGCAAUUUACAGAAAUGAACAAAAAUAAAAGAAUAGUAUGUGGUACUCCCUAAGAAUCUAUAUCAUGGAACAAAAUAAAACCUUAUAAUCAACCAUAAGCUUGCAAUUGUAAACUAUUGUGCUUUAUGCUUUCAUCAGUUCAUUUUCUACUUGAAAUGGUAUUGUCACAAAA